CCAAACCACUCCUACAACACCACCCCGGAUCGAAAACCCAAGACCCCAACACCACACGUUUCUAUAAAUACUCUUCACUAUUUUGUUUCACCCGCAAACCAAGUUACUCAUUGUACUCUUUGAAUCUUCUCUCUUCUCCUCAACAACUCUCAAGAUCAGAAAAUGUCGGGCCGUGGGAAAGGAGGCAAGGGUUUGGGCAAGGGAGGAGCGAAGCGACACCGUAAGGUUCUCCGAGAUAACAUUCAGGGUAUCACAAAGCCUGCGAUUAGGCGUUUGGCUCGCAGGGGUGGAGUGAAGCGUAUCAGUGGGUUGAUCUAUGAGGAAACACGUGGCGUUCUGAAGAUAUUCUUGGAGAAUGUGAUCCGUGAUGCCGUGACAUACACUGAGCACGCCAGGAGGAAGACGGUGACUGCCAUGGAUGUUGUGUAUGCGUUGAAGAGGCAGGGCAGGACUCUCUAUGGAUUUGGGGGUUAAGUUUUUUAAUUUGUUUGUAUGUAGAGGGACAAGUCUUGCUGUCAAGAAGCUUAUGGUUGUGUUUUCAGAGUUAGGGUUAUGUUUUUGUAAUUCAAUCUUUGAAUUGCAAGUGAAAUGGUUUCUAUUUCUUACUGGAAUUUGUUUUCUGUAGAAUUGGUGUGGUAAUUAUGAAUCAAUGAUAGAUUUUAGUUCAAGUUUAUA